GUGUUCAAAGUGACUAUGAAAAGUCAGUGUCUGAAUGUUCCCAAAGUGUAUUUGCUGUGUUGCCAAAUUAGAAAGAGCAUAAGGGAAAGAUCAUGGGAAGAAAAACAAUUUUGUUUCUGAUUAUAGGGGUCCUUGGGGCAUAUUACUUUUAUAUUCCUCUCCCAGAUAAUAUUGAGGAACCUUGGAAAGUGAUGCAGACUUACAUACCUGUGAACAUCAUAACAAAUGUGGCUCUGUUUGCUGAACUCUUGGGAAUCAGCCAUUUCAUAGACACUCUACAUUUCUUAAUGAGCUUUCAAGACGUUCCACCCACAUCUGAUGAAAAUGUCACUGUGAUGGCAACGACUUUUAACAACGUUCCUGUUCGUAUAUAUGUGCCAAAGCGGAAGGCAAAGAUGCUAAGAAGGGGUUUAUUUUACAUUCACGGUGGUGGUUGGUGUUUGGGGGAUGCAGCUUUUUUUAAUUAUGACUUUAUGUCAAGACGGACGGCUAACAGACUUGAUGCUGUUGUCGUGUCAACCAACUACAGACUAGCACCUAAAUACCAUUUUCCAAGUCAAUUUGAAGACGUAUAUAAUGCAUUAAAGUGGUUCUUACAUCAAGAUGUUCUUGAAAAAUAUGGUGUUGAUCCUGAAAGAAUUGGUGUUUCUGGAGACAGUGCUGGUGGAAAUUUAGCUGCAGCUGUGGCUCAGCAGCUCACAGAAGACCCUGAUGUCAAGAUUAAACUUAGGAUACAAUCUUUAAUAUAUCCUGCUCUUCAGACUCUUGAUAUGGAUUUACCAUCACAUAGGGAACUCCCACAAUUUCCAAUGCUGACCAAACAAUUUAUGGUCAGGUUUUGGAGUGAAUACUUUACUACAGAUAGAUCACUUGAAAAAGCCAUGCUCUUAAAUCAACAUGUACCAGUGGAAGCAAACCAUCUAUUCAAAUUCAUUAAUUGGAGUUCCUUGCUCCCUGAGAAGUUUAAGAAAAGGCACUCUUAUAAUAGUCCAACUCAUGGUAAUUCUAAGCUGGCUAAAAAAUAUCCAGGGUUUCUGGAUGUGAGGGCAGCCCCACUGUUGGCUGAUGACAACAAAUUGAGUGGUUUACCCAGGAGCUAUGUCAUCACUUGUCAAUAUGACGUCUUAAGAGAUGAUGGAGUCAUGUAUGUCACUCGCCUUCGGAAUGCUGGAGUUCGAGUGACCCAUAACCACAUUGAGGAUGGAUUCCAUGGAGCAUUUUCCUAUAAUGGAUUUAAAAUUGGGUACAGAAUAGAAAAUCAGUAUUUGAGUUGGCUAAGUGAAAAUCUAUAGUCGCCCAUAGCACAGUGGUUACGGCACCAGCCACAUACACCAAGGCUGGUGGGUUCAAACCCAGCCCAGUACAGCUAAGCAACAAUGACAACUGCAACAACAACAACAACAACAAUAAAAUACCUGGGUAUUGUGGUGAAUGCCAGUGGUCCCAGCUACUUGGGAGGCUGAGACAAGAGAAUGGCUUAAGCCCAAGAGUUUGAGAUUGCUGUGAGUUAUGAUGCCAUGGCAUUCUACCAAGGGCGACAUAGUGAGACUGUCUCAAAAAAAAAAAAAGGAAUCUAAUCAAUGGUUUUAUAAAAAUAUAUAAACCUCAGAACAGUACAUAAAUUAGUGAAAAUCAAAAGCUCAGUGUUUAAAUUGUUGUUUACCAUCUGUGGCCUUCCUAAUAUUCCUAGCCAUAGUGUCAUUUUUCGACUGUUAACAAGUUUUUCUCCAUCUAUUCCCUAUUCUAGAUGUUAUUUACUUACUUUUAGGAAAAUAUUUUCCUAUUUUUUUCUGCAACUUUUACUUAUUUCUUAUACAUUUAAUUUACUGUCCUUGUUUUGUGAUAACCUAAAAGUAUUGCAAUUGAGAAGAAAGAUUUAAACAAAUACAUCUGGUUGGAGAAAUACCAGAGUUUUAGUCAGUAUGGAUUUAAAUUGAGAUACUGCCCUGUGUGAACUGAUAUGAAUUAUGUGCCAACACUUUUCAAAAACGUUUGCCUAUUACUGUAAAAUUCACUUCUUAAUUCAAACCUAUUCCUAUUCUAGAAUACUAAAAUUAAACCUAAUUAUGUCCUAGGCAUUUUAGGGAAAGCCAGCUCUAAUCUGGUGACAAAGUGGGGACAUUGAGGUAGGCAAAAAUGUGUCAUAGGGCAAUAGCUCCACAUGUGACAUGGCUGAGAGUGGUGAGUGACCUUAAAACAUGGAAGAAAUAAUGUAGCCAAGUUGAAAAAUUUAAAUUUCUGAAAGUUCUCAUGUCCAUAUGGGCAUAGUGGAGGAAAAACCAAAUUAAACUUGUUUGUUCUUACAACACAGAUUAAGCUGUAGUGACCAUCUCUUAUGUAGUAUUUGAUCAUAUUGGAGAUGCAUUGUGAAACGCAGCUUACAGCCAGUAUAAAGUCGCCUCACAGCCAUCAGAAAUCAAGGCUUGUAUGCCUUUCUUCUCAGCUCUUGUCAGGCACAAAGAGGUGUUGGGGGAGAUUAUGGGGGUUAAUCACACAUUUUCACAUUUGUUUGUUUUGUUAAGAAAAACAAUUGCAAUCUUGGAAGCACCACCCUAUUCAUUUCUAAUUUUAUCCUAUUUUGCAGAACUGUAUUUCAUAUGGUCACUUAACUGUUAAGAUUGUCUAGAGAUCAUAUUUUUUAUCUUUAGCACAUCAUUCUGAACAAAACUAAUAUUUCAAGUAAAUCCAUAUGAGUAGAUAGGCAAUUGGAAAAUAGGCCAAAAAUUCUAAAAAAGUAAGUGAUUAAAAUUAUGUGUGGGGGAAAAAGUAGGAAUGUUUUAAGUCAUUAAGUACACAGGAUGGAUCUAUAAAUGAAUCAUAUGUAUGGUUCCCAAUCGAGGAUCUCUGCAAUGUUUUGUGUAUUCAGUUCUUUGAAGAGGGCCUUUCUGCAGUUUUUUACUUGUAUGUCUACAUCCUUCUCCCUUAUCCCAUUCAAACACAUGCCCACAAGCCAAAAUAAUCUCUUAACUACCCGGUGGGGACAUUGUCUUAAUUUUGAAUUGGAAGAUACAUUUAAAUAUAGACAGGAGUUAUGAUAUAAAAUACCUUGUUGAAACUACAUAAAUAAUGAUGAUGAAAGAAAUCAGUAUCAAUUAUAUGAUGUUUCUCAAGAUUCUUACCUGAAAAAACAAUCAGUUGAAUGAGGGAAUAAUAAUAAAUCAAGUAACAGAAACAAAAAAAAUUCUUACCUAUAGAUUCAAUUUAUGGUACAAAAGUCCAUCCAGGUCCCAGUGUUAGUUUGUACAAAGUAAAACAGGAUAAAAAUUUUGGAUAAUAAUUUUUGUUUAUUUAUCCAAAUACCUUAUCAAGUGGCUCCUUGGAUUCUAAUCACCAGAACUACCUAUUACUAAUUGCUUUUUAUUCCUCUCUAUAUAAGUUAUCACUCAUAACUCACUCUUACUUCCCAAACCCUAGUCACUGUAAAGCAUUCCCUACCACUUAUUCUGUUCUUUUUACAGUCCUUCUUCAAUUCUUAUAAUCUUCACUGCUCUCUGGCAUUCAUGGUUCAUCACAAGUGACAUCCUUAAGCUUUCAUCGAUUCCUUCCAUCAACUUUCUUUUGAAAUCUAGUCCUUAAUUUAUGACAAUUCUUCCUCCAUUUUCCUCCAACAUUACUUACCCUUUUCAAAACUAGAGAUGAGAUAAAAAUAGAGAACACUAAUCAGAUUUGACAUAAAUAAGACUUCUCCAAAACUUAUAAGCAAGUUCUCAAAGUCAAGGACAGAGAGAGAGAGUUCUAAAUGUAGUAAAAGGAAAGCAGCAAAUAACACACAAAGAAGCUCCAAUUCAUCUGGCAACAGUCUGCUCAAAGGAAACCACACAGGCCAAGAUGAAGUGGGACAACAUUUUUAAAGUACUGGGUAAAAGACCGUCUUUCAAGAAUACUAUAUACAGCAAAAGUAUCCUUCAAAUAUGAAGAAGACGUAAAGUCUUUGCCAGACAAACAAAAGCUGAGAGAAUUCACCAUGGUUAGGCCCAUCACACAGGAAUGGCUAAAGGAAUUCUUCAAUCUGAAAGACAAGAACACUAAAACAAACAAAUAAAUAAAUUAAAUAAAAAGAAAGAGAGAGAGAAGAAAAGUUUGAAUGUAGAAAAUUCAUGGGUAAAAUUAAGUAUAUGGGCAAACCCCAAAUACUUUAAUACUAUAAUUGUGGUGUGCAUAGACAAGACUUGACCUUUCCAAACUGCAUCCCUUGCCUACACAGUGGCUUUCCCAGGAAAGUGUAUGUUGCUGGGAUCUCUCCAGAAGUGGUUUCCCCACUUAUCAGACAUGCCAGAACUGGCCUUGCACUAGGAACUGGAGGGCUGAGUCUGCAGGGCAGCUUCCUGGCCUGCAGCUGAACAAUGAAAGCUCCCAUCCACCUAAUGGCUCCAUCCUGGCCCCUUGAUGCUGUUCAAAAUCAGUUGUUUGCUUGCCCAAGCUCUCCCAAGGUAACUCAACCAAGUGCCUAGGUCCAAAAUCAUCAUCAUCAUCAUCAUCAUCAUCCCUGCAGGGCUCCCCAAUCUGAACAUGUUAGUUCACAAUUUUCUCCUGCUUCCGAUAGCAUAACUGGUGGCCCUGCUGGGUGAGGUGCUGUAUUUCAUAUAUUAAUAUUUGCCUUUUGAAAAAAAAGCUGUAUGUUCAUAUAGCAUGAUUUAUGUCAAUGUUAGCUGUGGGAAUAGAUAGGCUGAGACACCAUGAGCCUUUCAAAAGCCCGGGGAAAGCCCACAGGUGGUGCAGUACCCCUGUACUCCUAAUUGAGAAGAUAGGAAUGUGAAGGUGCCCAGUCAGGGAAAUGUUUAUAUGCCUCUCCCUGCAUGGGGAAAUAAGCAAUGCAAGUGAGCUGAGGUCAUCAACUAGUAGCUUAGUCUAGAGAAGCUUUGAUGUCUGGCUAUGGAGACUAGGUUUGUUUUCCCCCCCUCUCUGGUUGCAUCAUUAUUGACCACUUCAGAUCUUCCGUUACCCUAUGUCCUUGCUUACCUUUCACUCAACCUUCUUGGGGGUUAUAAGCUCCCCUUUCUCAUUCUCAACCUUGACUGCUGACUAAUGACUGCUGUGGAUUCUUACACAUAUACUCUGCUAUGUACCCAAUAAAAAGAGUCAGGGGAAAAUGACAGGUGCUUCAUUGUUUUCAUGCUGCUACCAGGCACAUGUGUAUGCCCUUACGGGCUUCCAGUUUUGUUCACUAAGUUUAGUGUAAGUUUUAUGAUUUCUCCAGCAUCAUCUUACUGACUUCUGUAAGGUUGGGGUCCACUAGAUUCCCAACAGUUAGCCUUGUGUUUUUAUGUA